GCCGGUGGCGCGGCCCGGCGGCGCCGCAGCCCAUGGAGCUCGAGAACAUCGUAGCGAACACGGUGCUACUCAAGGCCCGGGAAGGUGGUGGCGGGAAUCGCAAAGGCAAAAGCAAGAAAUGGCGGCAGAUGCUGCAGUUCCCCCACAUCAGCCAGUGUGAAGAGCUUCGGCUCAGCCUCGGACUCGAAGUUGGGGCCCAGGGCCUGGCAGUAUGGACAGGGGUGUCUUGCCAGCAGGCUCUAGGUCCGGGAACCCAACAGCUCCCACCUCUGCCUGCAGAGCAUGACUACCAUAGCCUAUGUGAGCGGCAGCCCAUCGGGCGCCUGCUGUUCCGAGAGUUCUGUGCGACAAGGCCUGAGCUGACCCGCUGCACUGCCUUCCUGGACGGGGUGGCUGAGUAUGAAGUGACCCCUGAUGAGAAGCGGAAGGCAUGUGGGCAGCGGCUAAUGCAGAAUUUCUUGAGCCACACGGGUCCUGACCUCAUCCCUGAGGUCCCCCGGCAACUGGUGACUAACUGUGCCCAGCGGCUGGAGCAGGGGCCCUGCAAAGACCUCUUCCAGGAGCUCACCCGGCUGACCCAUGAGUACCUGAGCAUGGCCCCCUUUGCUGACUACCUCGACAGCAUCUACUUCAACCGUUUCCUGCAGUGGAAGUGGCUGGAAAGGCAGCCAGUGACCAAAAACACCUUCAGGCAAUACCGAGUCCUGGGCAAAGGCGGCUUUGGGGAGGUGUGCGCCUGCCAGGUGCGGGCAACAGGCAAGAUGUAUGCCUGCAAAAAGUUGGAGAAGAAACGGAUCAAGAAGCGAAAAGGGGAGGCCAUGGCACUCAACGAGAAGCAGAUCCUGGAGAAAGUGAACAGUAGGUUUGUAGUGAGCUUGGCCUAUGCCUAUGAGACCAAGGACGCGCUAUGCCUGGUGCUGACGCUAAUGAAUGGAGGUGACCUCAAGUUCCACAUCUACCACAUGGGUCAGGCUGGCUUCCCUGAGGCACGGGCCGUCUUUUACGCUGCAGAGAUCUGCUGUGGCCUGGAGGACCUGCACCGGGAGCGCAUCGUGUACAGGGACCUGAAGCCAGAGAACAUCCUACUGGAUGAUCAUGGUCACAUCCGCAUCUCCGACCUGGGGCUGGCUGUGCAUGUGCCCGAGGGCCAGACCAUCAAAGGCCGUGUGGGCACCGUUGGCUACAUGGCUCCAGAGGUGGUGAAGAACGAACGGUACACAUUCAGCCCUGACUGGUGGGCGCUAGGCUGCCUCUUAUAUGAGAUGAUCGCAGGCCAGUCGCCCUUCCAGCAGAGGAAAAAGAAGAUCAAGCGGGAGGAGGUGGAGCGGCUGGUGAAGGAGGUGGCCGAGGAGUACUCCGAUCGUUUUUCCCCACAGGCCCGCUCACUCUGCUCCCAGCUCCUCUGCAAGGACCCUGCUGAGCGCCUGGGUUGUUGUGGGGGUGGUGCCCGUGAGGUGAAGGAGCACCCCCUCUUCAAGAAGCUGAACUUCAAGCGUCUGGGAGCAGGCAUGCAGGAGCCACCCUUCAAGCCCGAUCCCCAGGCCAUUUACUGCAAGGAUGUCCUGGACAUUGAACAGUUCUCCACGGUUAAGGGCGUAGAACUGGAGCCCACCGACCAGGACUUCUACCAGAAGUUUGCCACGGGCAGCGUGCCCAUCCCCUGGCAGAACGAGAUGGUGGAGACCGAGUGCUUCCAGGAGCUGAAUGUCUUCGGCAUGGACGGCUCAGUUCCCCCAGACCUGGACUGGAAGGGCCAGCCCCCUGCACCCCCCAAGAAGGGACUGCUGCAGAGACUCUUCAGUCGCCAGGAUUGCUGUGGGAACUGCAGCGACAGUGAGGAAGAGCUCCCCACCCGCCUCUAGCCCCCAGUCUGAGGCCCCCACCGGCGAUUGGCGGUAGCAGCUACUCCCAGCGCUGUUGACAGUUUUGCACAGUGGUCCUCCCCAUUGUCCACUCAAGUCAUGGCCUAGGGAACACAGCUGGAGCUGUGCCCAGCCCCUCAACCCCUGGUCUGGCUGAGUUUGCAAAGGCCUGGACUGUCCCUAGGACAAAGAUGCGUCCGUUCAGCUCUCAUGCAUGGAGCUUGGGGCUUUCUGGAUUUACGUAUUUGUGCGAAUGUAAAUAGUGACUAGGCCAUUCUGAAGACCCACGCUGGAGCUGGCAGAGGGGCCACUGCCAAACUCAAGGCUCCUCAGGCCCCUGAGGCCCCAGCACUGUGCUCACCAUCGCCGACCUCUGAGUGAGACUCGUGUCUGCCCCUGCCGCCCUGGGCUCAGGCCACCACUGGGGCCUGAUGCUGUCCCUUCUCCGCACUUGUCAGAGCUGGAUCUGAGGCCUCACCGUCCCCUAGGCCUGUGCCAAAGUGUGACGAGAGAUUGGGCUGACCCUGGGACCCAUCAGUCCACUGCCCAGGCUGGCCCAGAUGGGUCUGCCUCUGCCUUCCAGCUCCCAGGGUGCCUCGUCCCUCAUGCUGGGUCUUGUCCUGAAGUCACCUCUUGCAGAAUUGCCCCAUCCCGGGUCGGGGGUGGGGGUGGUCCCUGGCCAACCCUCAAACAUUCCAGACUCCUCAUAACCAUAGACACUUGUGCCCAGCAAUAAUCCAUCACCUCCCUGUGUGCCUGUAGGGUGUGUGUGUGUGUGUGUGUGUGUGUGUGUGUGCAUGUGUAUGAAGCGGGCAGGCUGAGGCUGUGUGCUUGCACCCCAGACCCCAGCCCAGCCCUUCCCAGACUGAUGGCUGUCCUGGUUUCAGUGUUGGGAUAGUGUAGGGCUACAGAAUCCUGAUUUUUCCAUAUUUAAAGCCAAUUUUUAUUACUCAUUUUGUCCAGUGUAAGCUGCCACGUGUCUCUGUGUGAAUACAGUGAGAGCACAAACCUG